AUGGGUCGCAGGCGGGAGAGGAAAGCGAAAGGCGCUUUAGGAGGCGGUGCGCGGCGAGUGAAGCUCGAUCUAUGGGGAUCCGAGCCGGCCGAAGAUGCACAGGCGGAAGCGAAUCCAUCAGCCGGGGAAGAGCACUUGUCAGGCGAAGCUUUUCAGAAGGGGGAUGGCGACCAGGCACCCUCAGGAUUGCCGGCAACUUCUGUGCUGACGUCAUCGUCGGCAGCAGCAUCAGCUGCUACUGCUGCUACCGCUGACGCACCCUUGCCUUAUGUAGAAGGCACCAAGGCACCGGACCCUCUCUCGCUUCUAGGAGCGUAUAGCGAUGAGGAGGAGGAGGAGGAAGAGGAGGAGGAAGGGGAGGGGGGAGAGGCGGAGACCGGGGAGAGGGAUGUUGGCAAAGCGGAGGAGGGGGAUGCGGUUGAGAUGGAUGAUGAGAUGCUGGCGUUCAUGUCUGAGUUAAAGGAGAGCGGCCUGUUGGACGAGCAAGGCGGGAUCGCACGGGACGAGACGGAGCGUGACAGAGAAGAGGAGGGUGCUGAGGGGAGUGCGGGAGAGGAGGAGAGGGCAGAGGGGGAUGUGCCGAAAGGGGAGGCUGGGAGUGAAAAGGACGUGGGGAGCAGGGAGGGGGAAAAUAGUAAAGAGGAGAAGACGAUAGAUGGUGAAGGGAGGUUGGAAGAGGAGGGAGAGGGAGGGCGAGGUGGGAGUGGGGGGGCAGCAGAGGCAGAGAGCAAAGCUGAACGGCAGAGUGAUGCUUGUGAAAGCCAUGAGAAGCAAGAAGGGAAGGACAAGGGCGGGGAGGCGCAGGGGGGAGAGGGAGAGGAAAGGACAGGGGAGGCAGGGAAGGAGGGAGUGGUUGGUGUGCAUUCCCAUGGUGGUGCUACUCCGAGUGUGUGGCAGGCUGUGCUGGAGCCCGAGAGUGGCGAGUACUACUACUGGAACACCGUCACUGGGGAAACCUCCUGGUCAGCUCCAGCAGAAGUUGGGCAAAUGGAGGGUGCUGGGGUUGCGGUGGGCACGCUAGAAGGUGGCGAGGGAGUGGGAGAGAAGGGGGGAAUGAUUGAGGGAGACGAGGAAGUGGGGCGGUGUGAGAGCGAGAGGAGGGAGAGAGGGGAGGAGAGUGGGGAGGAGAGAGAGGAGGAGAAAGGGGAGGAGAGAGGGCAGGAGAGUGGGGAGGAGGGUGGUGAACAGAGACAGGGGGAAGCAGAUGAGGUGAUGGGAAGUGCAGGGGAAGGAGAUGGGGUUGAGCGCAGGGAGAGGGAAGGGGAGCGGGUGAAGCAAGAGGACAGGGCUAUGCAAGAGGAAGGGGAGAGGCAGGAGUGUGUGGAAGAGCAUGCGGGGAUGGAGGAGGAGGGCAGUGACGGUUUGCAUGCAGGUGAGGGCGUGGAUGCUGCUGUUCCUCUCUCUGGUCCUGAGGGCUCAAGGGAGCAAUCAGAGGGACAAAUAGCUGAGCGCCACCUGGCAGGAGGUGCUGCUGACAUGGCGAGUGCAGGUGCCAUGGACGCAAUGCUGCAGUCCUUGCAGGAGCAGGUCGAAUCAGCAGAGGCUGAGCUGGCAGCAACAGCUGCUGACGUGGCGGAUAAGACAGGUGACGCGGUAUCCAGGCUGGAGUCCUUGCAACAGCAGCUGACGGCUGUCGAAUGCAGGCUUCCUGCUUCUCCCACCACCUCUAACACUUCACCCUCUCUCCCUUCCUUCCCACUGUCCCCGUCACUGUCCGCCUCCCUCACCGCCCUCUCCGCCUCUCUCACUCGCCUGCAGCUACAGGCCUCCAUCCGCCUGUCAGACCUCACUUCCCUCUCGGACCGGUUUGCACAGGCGUCUGCAGCAGCAGCUGUAGCAACUGCUGUAGCGCCCCCCACCACUGCAGCAGCUGCCCCUACAGCCUCUGCAACUGUGGCACCCCUUUUUGCUCCAGCUGUAGCGCCGUUAUCCUCUGCUGGGUUUUCAGAACCUCUCGCGCUACAGCCGUGGCACGAGCUGCAGCAGCGGCUGCUACAGGUGCAGGUACAGCAGGGGUUGCAGGCGGGGCUGCUGGUGGUUGUGGGGCACUGCUUGGAGCAGGUGGGGCGAGUGGAGCCAGAGAGUGAGGAGGUGCAGGGGAGAGUGGAGAGAGUGAGGGAGCAGUGGGAGGAGGAGAAGCAACGGUGGGAAGAGGAGCGACGGCAAGACGAUGAGGAGAAGCAACGGCUGGAGGAAGAGGAGGAAAGACAAGGGCGGGAGGGUAUGGAGCAGUACUCAGCAUCAGAGAGUGGGGAGAUUUCUCCAGAGGGAGAGGAGGAAGGAGAGGAGGAAGUGGAGGGAAGAGCAGGAAAACAGGCGGUGAAGCAAAGCAGUGGUGGUGGGUUGGGUGGUGGUGGUGACGAGGAUAUGGAUGUGGAGAUGGACUUGGAUGGGGUCGAGGGAUCAGCAGCAGGAGUAAAGGCAGCAGAAAGGGUAGGCCAUGGUGGUGAGGCAGGACCAGCAGCAGCAGCAGCAGCAUCAGGUGGUGUUGCUGAUGGUAGUGCAUCGAGAGAGGAGCGGGAGGCAUCAGGCACUGGAGGAGACGAGGGGGACCGACACACAGAGUGGAAGCAGCAGCAGCUGCAGACAGGCGAGGCAGAGGAGAACGCCAACUUCCAACCACUCGCAGUCGAUUGGAGAGAGCGAGUGAAGCGCGCGAGAGGGGCGAAUCAGGCUGAGGCUGACUCGCCCCUUUUUAACGGUGCUGGUGGGGCGAGCCCUGCUACCGCCACAGCUGCUGCUGCAGCCGGUGGUGCAGCUGGGGUUGAUGAACAGUCAAGACAGCAGGAUGGGGGACCGGCAGCAGCUGUAGCAGUGGGUGUUGGAGCGGAGAAGAAGCGCAAGGGGACGGAUUUGAAGGCUCUUUCUGCUGGGCUGCCGGCUGGAUGGCAGGCGUUUUUGGAUCCCCAAUCAAGCGAGGUGUAUUAUGGCAAUCUUUCAACCAACGAGACAUCUUGGGACAGACCAGUCUAG